AUGGACCCACGGCAGCCAAGCAUGCCAUCCUCCGCCGGCCAAGACCAGGGCCAGGGCCAGCGGCAGCAGCGGCAGCGCCCGCAGCCGCAGUACAGGCGCUACCGGUAUACGGUCAACGGGCAGACCAGGAUCACGCCGCUGAUGCCCUUUUACGGGCGGUGCCGGGCCCGGCAUAUCUUCCACUACGAUCUGCCCACCCGCCCGGCCCCGGGCAGCGCCCAGCCCCCGCCGCCGCCCUACGACGCCGCGGGUGCUCAGUCGCAGCAGCAGCAGCAACAGCAGCAGCAGCAGCAGCAGCAGCAGCAACAGUCUGCUGUCGACGACGCGGACGAGUACCUCUAUCCUGCAGACCGGACGUAUCUCUUCAUCGUCCAUACCGAGCUGUGGUGCUACUGCCCGGAUCCCCGGGCGCACUCCUUCUUCAUCGGGAACGACCCGGUGGAGGUCACCGACGAGGAGGAGAUGGGGCUGUUCUACCAGGCCUCCGGGGCCGCCGCGGCCCAGGGCAUGUACGUGGCGGACGACGGUAACCUCAUCGUGCAGCCGUGCCCCCGCCCGCCGUCCAUGCCUGACGAUCGCGGCGUAUGGCGCUGCGACCGCUGGGCCGGCGGCAACUGCACGCACGAUGGCUGGACCCUGUACGCGGGAGCGUCUUGCUUUGGCUGCAUGACUGACGCGGGGUUUUACAACUCGGAUCUGGGGCAUGGGGAAAAGUUCUUCGGCAACGGAGCGGAUCAGCCAGGACUGUAA